AUGUCUCAGGACGGAGGGGACCGCACCGUCACCGGCGGCGUUGCCAAUGCAGGGCGGGAGCAGGAGCCUGCAGGGCAGGAGCAGGAGCCUGCAGGACAAGAGCAGGAGCUGGGAGUGGCUGCCUCUGGAUGGAUCCCCUCUCCCCAUGCAUCUCCUUACCCGGUGCCGCCUUUGGCUUUGACAGGGACCCAGACACGCUUCAGCCAGGAGCCAGCCGACCAGACCGUGGUGGCCGGACAGCGGGCCGUGCUCCCCUGCGUGCUGCUCAACUACUCGGGGAUUGUGCAAUGGACCAAGGAUGGGCUGGCACUGGGCAUGGGCCAGGGACUCAAAGCCUGGCCACGGUACCGGGUCGUGGGCUCCGCGGAUGCCGGGCAGUACAACCUGGAGAUCACAGACGCCGAGCUCUCUGACGAUGCCUCUUACGAAUGCCAGGCCACGGAGGCCGCGCUGCGCUCCCGGAGGGCCAAGCUCACCGUGCUCAUCCCCCCUGAGGACACGAAGAUCGAUGGCGGCCCUGUACUGCUGCUGCAAGCAGGCAUCCCCUACAACCUCACAUGCCGAGCCUUUAAUGCCAAGCCUGCGGCGACCAUCAUCUGGUUCCGGGAUGGGACGCAGCAGGAGGGCGCUGUGGCCAGCACGGAGCUGCUGAAGGACGGGAAGAGGGAGACCACCGUCAGCCUGCUGCUCAUCAACCCCACAGACCUGGACAUCGGGCGUGUCUUCACCUGCCGCAGCAUGAACGAGGCCGCCCCCAGUGGCAGGGAGACCUCCAUUGAGCUUGAUGUGCACCACCCUCCCACGGUGACCCUGUCCAUCGAGCCACAGACGGUGCAGGAGGGCGAGCGUGUUGUCUUUACGUGCCAGGCCACAGCCAACCCUGAGAUCCUGGGCUACAGAUGGGCCAAGGGCGGCUUCUCCAUUGAAGAUGCCCAUGACAGUCACUAUGAGACAAACGUUGACUAUUCCUUCUUCACGGAGCCUGUGUCCUGUGAGGUUUACAACAAAGUGGGCAGCACCAAUGUCAGCACUUUAGUGAAUGUCCACUUCGCCCCCAGGAUUGUGGUUGACCCUAAACCUACGACUACAGACAUUGGCUCUGAUGUGACGCUCACCUGUGUCUGGGUUGGGAAUCCCCCCCUCACCCUCACCUGGACCAAAAAGGACUCCAACAUGGUGCUGAGUAACAGCAACCAGCUGCUGCUGAAGUCGGUGACCCAGGCAGACGCCGGCACCUACACCUGCCGGGCCAUCGUGCCCCGCAUCGGAGUGGCCGAGCGGGAGGUGCCGCUCUACGUGAAUGGGCCCCCCAUCAUCUCCAGCGAGGCGGUGCAGUACGCUGUCAGGGGAGACGGCGGCAAGGUGGAGUGUUUCAUCGGGAGCACACCUCCCCCAGACCGCAUUGCGUGGGCCUGGAAGGAAAACUUCCUGGAGGUGGGGACCCUGGAACGCUACACGGUGGAGAGGACCAAUUCCGGCAGCGGGGUGCUGUCCACACUCACCAUCAACAACGUCAUGGAGGCUGACUUUCAGACCCACUAUAACUGCACUGCCUGGAACAGCUUCGGGCCGGGCACCGCCAUCAUCCAGCUGGAGGAGCGAGAGGUGCUGCCUGUGGGUAUCAUCGCCGGAGCCACCAUCGGCGCGGGCAUCCUGCUCACCUUCUCCUUCGUGGCCUUGGUGUUCUUCCUCUACCGGCGUCGCAAAGGCAGUCGCAAGGACGUGACCCUCAGGAAACUGGACAUCAAGGUGGAGACGGUGAACCGUGAGCCACUCACCAUGCACUCUGACCGGGAGGACGACACCGCCAGCGUCUCCACAGCCACCCGCGUCAUGAAAGCCAUCUACUCAUCCUUCAAGGACGACGUGGACUUGAAGCAGGACCUGCGCUGUGAUACCAUCGACACCCGGGAGGAGUAUGAAAUGAAGGUGGGAAGGGGGCAGGGGGAAGGGGCCGGGCCCUAG